AACAAAUUCAACAUGGCGAAUAUUUUUAAAAAUUUUAAAAUUUAUAGAAAUCAUCACUGAUUUCUCUACAAUCGAAGUACUCAGCGCAUAACUGUUUGGUGUAUUCUGUUUAGUUACAAUAUUUUUCAGAAGAAAGAUGAGUGACAAGGAUCAUAAAUGUGAUUUAUGCAAUGUUGCAUAUGCAACUAAAGAGGAGUUGGAGAAUCAUAGUGUUUGCUUGAUGCACCACAUAAAGAUUGAGCAGAAAAACAAAGGCUCCUCUCAUGAGUGUAUACUGUGUAAAGAAAUCUUCAACAAUCUAACGGCAUAUUCUAGCCACUUAAACAGUGAACAACAUCGCUUGAAGGUUGGAAAAACGUCAUCAGGAACUGGCAAAAUAUACUUUACAUCCCCAAAAAGAACAGCAGACACUAUCCCAAAACGGAAAUCUCUUGAAAAGAGAAACAGUUUAGAACCCAAGAAAUCUCCAGAUCUAGAAAGGGAUCAAGAUCGAAAGCAAGAUAGCAAAGAGGAGAUGAACUGGCAAGGAAAUCAAGGGAUGUAUCAAAGUGGGAAUUAUAAUGAUGGUUUUAAUAGGAACAAUCAAAGUAGAUAUGGUGGAAAUCAAGGGGGUUUUAUGGGAAAUAAUCAAAGUGGUUGUAGCACAAAUAUUGACAAUAGAAACUUUCAAAAUCAAUGGGGGCAAAAUGAUAACUAUAAUUCUAGCAGAGGGCAUAGAAACUAUGGAGGAUAUCAUCGUCAAGACUUUGCUUGCAAUGAUUUCAUGUCUGAUGACUUCACAAAUAAUGACAAUAGAUCUCCCAAAGAAUAUGGAUAUAGAGGUCGUGGGCGAGGACACUGGAGAGGAAGGGGUGGUUGGAGAGGCCAUGGUGCAGACAAUUCAUACAGUGAUAGAUAUGAGUCUUACGAGCAUCAUAGUCGAAAAUGGACAAAUGACGAUUAUCGAAAACGUGACAAUUAUACCCCAUCAAAGUGGGGUAGUCAUAAACCUGGCUACAGAGAUGCUCGGGAUGAUAAAUCUGGGGGUAAAGAUUCUUACAGACAGCCAAAUAAUGACAAACAAGAUGAGAAAAAAACAAAUGAUCCCACAGAAAAAUUAAAAGACUUCAUAGGUUCGUUCAAUAAAAAUUCAAGCGAAAAACCACGUUUCGAUAGCAAAUUUUCUCUUGAUAGAAAAGGUACAUAUAAAAAUAGUCGAUCAAACUCCCCUGUGAGCAAAAGAUCAAGGUCUCCUACAAGGUCAAGAUCUCCUAACAGGUACGAGAGACAAUCAAAAAAUUACAAGACUUAUGAAAGGGAUGACAAACAUUUAAAAGACAAAAAGUCAUAUUCUGGAGAAAGUACUCCUCAUUCUAAAAACAAUAGGUCAAGCAGUAGACCCCCAUCUAGGGGAGAACCCAGUGGAAGUAGAAGCAGAACCCCAGAUCCAAAACAAAGUAGUGAAUCUAAACCAAUUACGGGAUUAACUGAUAGUGAAAAAAGCAAGUCACAAGAUUUGUUAAAUAAAUCUCCCCUAGAAUCAGCAACGAGACUUCUGAAUAGACGUAGCAGCUUUGAUCCCAAACUUGAUGCUCGUAAACCAGAUAAACCACUGCAUGGACCUGUAUCAAGAGAUUCACCAAUAAUGAGGUCUUUAUCAGAACCCCAUAGAAGUAAAUCCCUGGAGCCCCCUGGGAGAGCCUCUCCACCCAAGAAGACUCAACCACCCACAGUUCAGAAUCAGACCCCAGAGAAAGAGGACAUCACAGAAAAAGCAAGGAGAAUUGUGGAAAGUGCACGCAAGCAAAGAGAGGACGCAAAAAUGAUUAGAGAGAAUAGAGAAAAGGGAAAACAGGAGCUAAGAACAAAAGAACUACAGAGUAAGAUACAAAAACUAUCUGACAAAGAUAAUUUACAUAUAAAAGGUCUCAUACCUAAUAAGCCUCCAGAUGAAGUCACUAAAGCCAGAUCAGACACAUCAAGUCUCAGAAAAGAUAUGUCUUCCUCUUCCAAUGAAACACUAUCUGAUCAACUUUCUAAAGAUCUAAGAAAAACAGACACAAACCCAUCUCAAAAAAGUUUAUCCGAUUUGGGUAAAGAUGCUUCCCUUCCGAGUAGAAUUAUUAAGGACAUGAACAAAAUGACUGGUCCGUCAGGCAGCUCUUCAAACAGACCCACAACCUCCUUACUUGGUCUUGUAAACUCUAGAACUAAAAAAGACCAGAUAAAAAUUUCUAAUAUUGUCAGACAACAUGCCCUUAAAAAGCAACAAAGGCCUAAGAUGGUUUUAAAAGAGCCAGAAUUUGAGAACCAAAAUGUGGAGCGUCUGGAUUAUAAUAACCUACCUGAGGACAUUGCUGAGUUAAUACGACGUGAUCUUGGAAAGAAUGAGGUUAGCUCAGAUGAAGCGAGUUCCAGGGAAGAAACGACCUUGGGAAUCUCCUCUCUUGGGUUAAAAAGGCGACGAACUACAUCAGAAACAUCUGCGACUACUGAGCAGUUUAGUGCGGGGAAGAGAAUAAAGAUGGAAGAAAUGAAACAAGAAGGUACAAAGGCACCUUCACUUGAUGACAACACGAGUCUGGGAGAAUCCCAAGGCUUCGAUAUAAAAUCUUCUAUCGAUAGUAAUCAAAACUCAACUAUUCAACUGGAAGAUAGCCUUACACAUAGUGAAACAUCAAAAACACAAUCUGAAUUAUCUAAAACACCAAGAAUAGGUAGUAUGGAUAUUGAGGCUAAGAAAGUGACUCAUUCUGAUAAAGUAAAUUAUUCUGAAAGCCUCCUCACCCUCCAGUCUCAUAACCACACUGAAAAGCCCCUAUUCAAUGCCAUCCAUCAACCCAAAAAUGUAGAAUUCAAAAACCUCCUUUCUGGAAAUGUCCUAUCCCAAGAUCUCCAUUCUAAGAAUAUCCCAUCUGACACCCAAUCAGAGAGUCUUGAUUCCAAAGAUGUUUACUCUGAAAGCUCAAAUAUUCAAUGUGGCAAUGCCAAAAAAGUCCAAGAGGAAUCAUGUAAAACUAUAGACGAUAAGUUAGAUGAGUUGGAUGAUAACAUCAGUUUAACAAUUGACUAUGUGAUUAACAAAUACAAAAAGAUAUCUGAAGAACAAAAGGUGAAUGCAACAGCCGUUAAUAAAGUCACUUCUUCUACAAAUGACGAUCUCUCAUUAUUUGACUUCGAUAAAUCUAGUCAUAGUAUUGACACAGCUCAACACAUGAAGAAUAAAUUGAAUUUGACACCAGGUGAAACCAAGGCCAGAACUUCAGAUAAGAAUAUGUCUUCAACUUAUGAAAGUGUGUCUAGUAAACCCAUAAGGAAAAGACAAUUAUCUGGGUCAUUAGAGAAAAGGUCUGACAGAAUGCAAUCUGAACAUUCUGACACUUCAGAAAUAUCUAGGCCUGUCAGAAGAAAUAGUACAGAGAGAACAGAAGGUAAUGUUAGAGAUAGAGACAAUAUAAGAGACCAUAGACCUAACAGUGUGGAGAAUUUACUCAUGAACAAAUUAUUUGAAAAAGGCGUGAUUUCACAAAAUGACUCCAAUUCAGACACUCAUAGCAUGGUCUAUAAUGCGCCACAACGACAUGAGAAACCGUCUCAUGCAUCAUCACCUCUGAAUCAGUCAUUUGAGACUGAAGCUGCCAAGCCCAUUGUGGAUACAAAAUUAGCAUUUUCCCCUGCAAGCCAGGCUAGUGAGACCAGCACAGUGUCGACAGUUUUAGAGAUUAGUUUACAAGAGGAAGAGGUCAGACAAGAAUUAAUUGUGGUCGGGGACAGGAUAUCACGUUUAGUGGCAAUUUUGGAGAAGACAAAACAUGAUCUUAGACAGGCAGAAUUACGGAAAUGCCAGUUACAGCAGAGGGAAAUCAAGCUAAGGGAAAAAAGGAUAAAUAUCUUACAAGGUGCUGUUAAAACAUCAUCAAUUUCCUCAGAAAAUAUUAAGUCAGAGAAAUCUGCCAACACAGUUGUGUGUUCAACUGCAAGGAGCAGUGCUACAUCCCUCUUUCAGGGAAAUGGGAUUCAUCUAGAUCCUAACUCAACCCUGGAUCUAUCUGUAGUCAAAUCUGAACCUCCCUCUCCUACUGCUGUUAAUGCCUUCGAGUUAACUAGAGAUGAAUCCAUCAUGUCUGUGGAUCAGAGUGCCUUGAUCGAUCAGUCUUGCCUAUCAACUGGUAGUGAGCUCCCUCUAGGGAUGAGUGCCCAUCAUCCCAGCUUACAGCCAGUUGACAAUCAGCUUGACACAAAUGUAAACAAACCAGAGUCUCUUUUAUCCAGAGUCCAUCGGAUUUCCUCGAGCUCUAGGACCUCAAAUGACUCCGAAGGGUAUAAUCUGCAGUAUGUUGGCACCCUGGAGGGCAAACAUAAAAUAGUGAAAAAACUUGCGGUUAAUUUAGCUGAUUUGAAUCACUCUCCAUACAUGUUUGUGGAUGAGAAAGAACUGAGUGAAGCUGAGGUGGAGCAGAAUAUAACUGAUACCUCCAUUGAAACUGUGGAUACUAGUACUAUAGGUACAUUUAGAGGCUCCAUAGGGGGUGAAUCUCUUGGGGCAGUUAUUGCUAAAAAAGCCAGGUCAAAUAGUGAUGCAUUCAAGAGACCUACCACCCCAGUGGAACCCCAGCAGGACCCUGAUUCUAGUAUACCCUCAAUUGACAUUCAUAAGCCAAACAAAAAUGCAUCAAGCCCUAAUGCAUCCAUGACUAGCCAAUCAACACUUAAUGUGAAAAAGAAAAAGUCCUCACAAUUUUACCCAGAACCUGGGUCAAACAAAAAGAAACAAUUAAAAAAGACUAAAGAUCGUAAAUCAUCAAAAGCAGAAGUUUUAGAUUCAAGCUCAGACAGUAUUAACAUUGAUAAAAGCAAGAAGAAGCGAAAAAGAAGUAGCAAAAAGAGUGAUAAGUCUAAAUCCCCUGACAGUACUCAAUUUGAUGAUACAAAUGAAGAUGGUGCCCUCUUUAUUGACACAAGCCCUGAAAAAGCUAACAAGCCUACCUCAUCUCCUAAAAAGAAAAGGGGAAGGAAGUCUACCAAGGAAGAUACCCCAUCCCAAGUGACAACAUCCUAUGAGCUGGAACUGACUGAGGGCAUCUAUGAAGGUCACCAUAAACCUGUCCUGGGUAUACAGGUGUAUAAGGAUAGUUUAUACACUUGCUCCCAAGAUUGUACAGCCAGACGUUAUGAUCUCAAGACAUUUGAGCUACUUAGAGAGUACACUGGUCACAAGUCAACAGUGCAUUGCCUUGUGGUUCUUGAGAUGGCCAACCGGCUUAGUAAACCUGUUGAUAUGCUCUACACAGGAGCAUUUGACAAGUACCUCAUUGGCUACAAUGUGGAGACUGGAGACAUGGUGAGCAAGUUUGGCUUUCAAUCACGCAUCCACUGUAUGACUCAAGCCUGGGGGAAACUCUAUAUAGGACUAGGAGAUGGAUUUGUAGUGGACUUCAGCUUGAAGACAUCAAAAACCAAUGAGUCAUAUAAGGUGUCCAAUACGAAGAUCAGCUGUAUCGCAACUGCCAAGGAAGGCUAUACCAAACUAUUGAUUGUUGGAGCAUUUGAUUGCUUCAUCUCCAUCAGGGAUGCUAGUUCAUGGCUGCCAUUGAGGACUUUAGAGGGACACAGCAAGACUCCAUAUUCCAUGGUGGCCUUGGGGGAUUAUCUCUAUAGUGGUUCAGCAGACAACACAGUGAGGGUCUGGAAUAUAUCAGAAGGAAAUCAGGUGGAUUCUAUUACCCACAGUGGAUACGUCACAAAGCUACAUGCAUGCAAGAAUAUUGUCAUCUCUUUAGACCUGAAUGGGAACAUCAGAUGUAUAGACACAGCAAAGAAGAACCAGAUUGUUCAGCAAUACAGACUAAGAGAUGGGGCUCAGGGGAUGUCUAUGGAAUUUGAUCCUGCCAACAACAUGAUGUUUGCUGGCACAAAAGAUGGCCAUGUGCAAUCAAUAAAAUAUCUUCCCAACAUCAGAAUACCAUGCAAGUUUGGAAACUGUAGCAAUAUAUAUGCUAACAAUGAUGCUGUUAAGGAGCACAUAGUUUUGGACCACCUGACCCCCAAUGAUGGCAUGUUGCGCUGUUCUUGGAGGGGAUGUAGAGCCUGGCUGAAUAUGAAGACCAGCAAUGAUAUGGCGAUGGAGCACUUAGAUGAACAUUUGAAGAAUCAAGGAGGAAACACUUCAAGUUCAACUGUACAGGAUAAUACAACAUAAGAUGAUGUAAUUAAUCAGAGAGCUCAAAUAUUUAAUAAUACACCCUAGAAUAUUAAAAAUGGGACUGAGUCAACAUUCUGCAAGUGAUAUUUCAGUAUGAUCAAAUGGUCCCAUCUUCGCGUUUAUUAUGAAAAUACUAAAACUUGUGAAAUGAAGUGUGUAGUCUUCAACAAAAUGCAGUAUAUAGUUUGAUACUAUACAAUGAACAAAAGGACAUGUAGUGUAACACAUGUAACACACUGCAACAUACAAGUAUAGUAUGUUACAGACUGAGAUGAAAUGCAUGAUACAACACAAGGCAUUUUCAAGGCAAUACAAUAUUAUAAAGUAUUAUAUAGUACUUACACCCCAGUCACAUUUCCUUCGCCGACCGUGCGGUCUAUCAUGUCUGCAGUCAGUAACAUUUCUACGCUUGCUGUGGAAUUUCUGCGGUCUGAUACUUUUGCAGUCGCAUUUCCUACGGCAGCCGCAUGGCGAGUUUUUGAAUUUCUGUUGA